AUGUGGGAGGAUCUCAAAGAAAGAUAUGCUGUUGGAAAUGCUCCGAGGGUUCAUCAACUCAGAAGUGAAAUCGUGAACUUGAAACAAGAAGGAAUGACAGUUGCUGCAUAUUAUGCCAAAAUAAAAGGCAUGUGGGAUGAAUUAAAUCAAUACAUUGAGAUACCUGAGUGCACUUGUGGAGCAGCUCAAGCAAUAGUGAAAAGCAGAGAAGAUGAGAAGGCACAUCAGUUUCUCAUGGGUCUAGAUGACACUACAUUCGGGACUGUGAGAUCGUCUAUCUUAGCCCUUGAUCCCUUACCUACGUUGGGAAAAAUAUAUGCAAUGGUUACACAAGAAGAACGCCAUCGUAGCAUGGCCAGAGGAGCUUAUCGUGCUGAAAUAACAGUUUUUGCAGCGAAGACAGAGAAACUUGGGGGACAAACAAAUAAAAGUGGGAGCUGUACACAUUGCGGAAAGACGGGACAUGAUGUUGCAGAUUGCUUUCAACUAAAAGGAUAUCCCGACUGGUGGCCAACACGCCAGAUGGGACGAGGAAGGGGACGUGGAUGUGGCCGCAACAGUUAUGCUGGAAGAGGAGCAACUUCAGGACGCGUUCAUUAUGCAAAUGCAGUUGCUGAAGCAGAUACGCAAGAAAAAGGACAGUGCGUUGGACAUGAUGUGGAACGUAGUAUAAUCCCAGGACUGAAUGAUGACAACUUCCAAAAACUCAUGGCUCUACUCAGAAAUGGAAGCAGUAAUGCAGAAAAACUGACCGGUAAGAAUAAAAUUGUGGAAGAAUGGAUAUUGGAUAGAGGUGCAUCCGUGCAUAUGACAGGAAGGAGAGAUUUGUUCGAUUGGCUACGUAAAUGGGAGACAGCAUGCGUGGGACUACCUGAUGGAACAAAAACAGUAGCAAAUAAAAUGGGAUAUGACCGCACUUCGAGGAAUCCGAUUGGAGUGGGUAAGCUAAGGAAUGGAGUGUACUACUACAAGCCAUUACAAGGAGAGAAGGUGAAUGCAGUGAAAGUAGAAGAAAAGUACGAAUUGUGGCACAGGAGGUUAGGGCAUCCUUCAGAUCGUGUUUUAGCUUCCAUUCAUAGUUUAGGAAAUAAUGUGAUGAAGGGAAUUGAGGAUUAUGUUUAUGGAAAGACGCCUUAUGAAAUAUUAUUUGGCGAGAAACCGAAUUAUGAGCACCUGAGAGUCUUUGGUAGUUUGUGUUAUGCCCAUAAAAAGUCACGUAGUAAUGAUAAAUUUGAUGCUAGAAGCCGGCGAUGCGUAUUUGUAGGUUAUCCCUAUGGAAAGAAAGGAUGGAAACUUCACGAUCUAGAAACCAAAGAACAAUUUGAGAGUAGGGAUGUAAUAUUUCAUGAAACAAUUUUUCCUUUUUGUCAAAGCAGCAAGGGAGAUAAGGAACAAAAAUUCCAGAACAAUGGGAACAUAGAAUCUUACAUUGAAGAUGAUGAUGUCAUAGUAAAGAAAACAUGUGAAAGAGAGAGUGAGAAAAAUAUUGAAAGGGAGAAAGGGGAAGAAAAUAUGGAGACAGGAGAGGAUCAAAGCCAGGGGGAGAUGCUUGGUAGGGGACAUAGACAACACAAAGAACCGAGACAUCUCCAAGAUUAUAUAUGUUAUUCGGCUAGAAGCUUAAGUACACUUUGUUCCAAGGCAAGCUCAAUCCAAAAGGUACCCUCAGGUAAGCCUUAUCCUAUUGCGAAUUAUGUGACUUAUACAAAAUUUUCUGUUGGCCAUCGAGCUUUUCUUGCAGCAAUAAAUAUUGAAAAGGAACCAAGAACUUACAAAGAAGCGGUUAUAGACAACAGAUGGAGAGAAGCCAUGGCAAAGGAAAUUGAAGCAUUAGAGACUAAUCAGACGUGGAAAGUAGUUGACCUACCGCCAGAAAAGAAAGCAAUAGGAUGCAAGUGGAUAUACAAAAUAAAAUACAACGCGGAUGGAUCAAUCGAGCGGUACAAAGCGAGGUUAGUGGCGCAGGGAUUUACACAGAUUGAAGGAAUAGACUAUCAAGAGACGUUUUCUCCAGUGGCAAAAAUGACAAGUGUAAGGUGCUUUCUAGCUGUAGCAGUGGCAAAAAGAUGGGAAUUACACCAAAUGGACGUAAACAACGCAUUUCUACACGGAGACCUUGAAGAAGAAGUAUAUAUGAAGCUGUCAGAAGGGUUCAAGGCCACUGGAAAGAACAAAGUUUGCAAGUUACAAAAAUCGUUGUAUGGAUUGAAACAGGCAUCGAGACAAUGGUUUGCGAAACUCACGACAGCUUUGAAAGAAUAUGGUUUUCAACAAUCAUUGGCUGAUUAUUCACUCUUUACUUAUCGACGUGGAAACAUAGUGAUGAACCUAUUGGUAUAUGUGGAUGAUUUAAUAUUGGCUGGGAAUGACAACAAAGUAUGCGAAGCUUUCAAAAACUUUCUUGAUAGAAAAUCUGGAAUCAAGAAUCUGGGACAAUUGAAAUACAUUCUUGGAAUCGAGGUGGCAAGAGGCAAGGAUGGAUUAUUUUUAUCACAACGAAAAUAUUCUUUAAACAUUAUAAAGGAAUGUGGGCUGUUAGGAGCGAGACCAGUGGAAUUUCCAAUGGAAGAAAACCACAAACUAGCACUUGCUAAUGGGAGAUUGCUAAAUGACCCAGGAAUGUACAGGCGACUCGUGGGACGAUUGAUAUACUUGACUGUAACAAGGCCAGACCUGACGUAUGUUGUUCAUGUUUUGUCACAAUUCAUGCAAAGCCCACGGGAAGAACACCUAGAUGCAACUUAUAGAGUUGUUCGAUAUCUGAAGAAAGGACCAGGUCAAGGAAUAGUUUUGAAAGUAGAUAAUGAUCUUCAGCUUUAUUGUUAUUCAGAUUCGGACUGGGCAAGUUGUCCAUUAACAAGACGAUCAAUUAGCGGAUGUUGCGUUAAACUUGGGACAUCACCAAUUUCGUGGAGGUGCAAAAAGCAAGGAACUAUAUCAAGAUCUUCAGUAGAAGCAGAGUACUGUUCCAUGGCAAUGGCAGCAAGCGAGUUAACAUGGCUAAAAUCACUUCUUGCAUCAUUGGGAGUGCUUCAUGAUAAGCCAAUGAAAUUAUACUGUGAUAAUAAGGCUGCUUUACACAUUGCAGCAAAUCCCGUAUUCCAUGAGAGGACCAAACACAUCGAAAUAGAUUGUCAUUUUGUUUGA